CCCGGGCCACAAUUUUAUGAGCUAGCCGCUCAAGCCAUGCGACCGCUAUUCCAGUCGCCCUCCUCACUUCCCCGCCAGCAUCGUCGCACGCCCUUCGCCAGCGGUCGCCCGUUUCGCACAAGCCGUGCGACACGCUUUAACGCAUUCUUCUUCCUCCUCGUUCUGUCGCUCGGCGGCUCCCUGCUUUUGCUCUGGCGACUGCAGCUGCUGCAGCGACCGCUAACGGAAGACGGAAAACGUUUAACGCUGUCGGAAAAAGUGACUGAGACGAACGGAAAUGCAGGGAAGGCGGAUCAAGGGACGGAUAAGCGUUUCACCAGCGGCAGCAGCAACACCGGCACCGGCAGCAUCAGCAAUAGUGGGGGAAACAACAAGGCUCCAUCUUUAUUAGAUGCUGAUAACGAGGAUGAUUAUGAUGACGCCGAUUUCUUAUUGGAUGGAUCCACUGAUGCCACGUCAGCAGGAACGCGGGAGGAAGGGAAAGGGGCAGGUAAAGCGGACGCGAUUGGUGGAGAGAAUAAGGAGCCCAGUGCUGACGUGGCUCGGAAACACGAGAUCUGCAAGAGAAUGAUUAAGAGCCCUCCUCUAGUGUGCGCGCAUGGGGGCGAUGCCUCCUACGCCCCUCCCAAUACGCUGGCAGCGCUUGAGAGGGCAGUGGCGGUGGGGGCAGAUGCAGUGGAGGUGGACGCGUCGCUGACAGCUGAUGGGCACCUGGUGGCGCUACAUGACAGGGAGCUUCAGUCCCUUCUGAACGACCCAUCAGCUCGGGUCUCCUCUCUGGUGUUCUCUCGGAUACGCCAGCUGGACCUAUCGUCCCUCUGGCCCGCUACCUCUCGUCGUGAUGACCUCAGUGCUGCAACCGAGCGUGUACCUGUUAUGACACUGCAGCAAGCACUACAGGCUCUGAUUGACCGAGUGAAGCACAUCACUGUGGAUGUCAAGAUUGCCACGUCAGCAAUCGCUGAGAACAGGCACAUGGCACAACGGCUGGUCAGCGUGUUUGAAAAGGUCGGUGGGUGCUCCGAGUGCCUUGUGUGGUCCAAGGAGGAUCAGUUCAUCCGCCACUUGUCACGCAUCCAACCAUCCAUCAAGGCAGACUGGGUACAUAGUCUACAGGAACUUCAAGACUGGGGUGGUUAAUGGGCUGCUUCGCCGUGAGUCGUCACACGUGGUGGGGCUGGCUGAAAGCCUGGCUACACUACAAACCAUCAACGAUGCUCAUAAGGGAGGCAAGAAGGUGCAUGUGUGGACUGUAGAUGACAGGGCUGGCAUGAGGAGAGUUCUUGGGUUGCCUGUUGACGUUGUUGUUACCAACAACCCUACGCUGCUACGGAAGACAAUGAGGCGACUGCAGCAGCAGUGUAAGCAUGCUGGUCUAGGAUGAUGUGAGCAGCUCCAGUGAUAUGGAGUCGCAUUGACUGCUGCUGUCGAUGGAUCAUCAUGUUAUGUUACUAUGUACCAUAAGAUUCGUCCAGCUGUUAGGUCAGUACGGUUUUAGUGGGGAAGAGUUCGGUGUGGUUACAC